AUGUCCACCCAUUACAAUCGCUUUCUGAAGCUGCUGGAACGUUGGCCCGUCGAUCAGAGCAAGGUUGGCCGUGACCUGGGACAGUAUUUGCGUGAUCAGUUGCAGGCCAUUCUCGGCAGUUCGAACAUUAUUGCCGUCAACGAGGAACGGCUUCAGCGGCAGCAUCGGGCGCUCGAGAAUAUCGCCAACGACGUCCACCGGAAGGCGUACCCGCGCGUUUACACCUCCACGGCAACUGGCCUGACGGGAGAGCAGUGCCGGGGUGUGCUUUCGUCGGAGUUUCUUGAGUAUCUGAAAAAGGAGGGUGGUCAGGAGAAGUAA